AUGGCAACCACCAAUGUGCUUCUGACCACCUCAAUGGCAAGAAAUCCCAAUCCACGGUGUAUAUCCCAUUCAUAUAUUAACACUAUCCAGGGAGAAAUCACCGUCGAACUCUACCACGACCAUGCCCCAAAGACCUGCAAGAACUUCUCCGAGCUCGCCUCCCGUGGCUACUAUGACGGAAUCAUAUUCCAUCGGAUCAUUCCCAAGUUUAUGCUGCAGACGGGUGAUCCAACUGGCACAGGUCGUGGAGGCUCCUCGAUCUAUGGUGAUAAGUUCGAAGACGAAAUUCACCCAGCAUUGAAGCAUACAGGCGCAGGCAUCCUAAGCAUGGCAAAUAGCGGUCCCAACACAAAUGGCAGUCAGUUCUUCAUUACGCUGGCACCAACUCCGUGGUUGGACGGAAAGCACACUAUUUUUGGUCGCGUGAAGAGUGGACUGGACAAGGUGGACAUGAUGCAGCGAGUACCAACCGACCCUGAUGACAAACCCAGGGAUGAGGUUAAGAUCAUUACCGCAAGGGUUCUAACGGCGGGCUGA